AGUACCUCUUCACUAGAUGGUUGUACCACUUCACUAGAUGGUUGUACCACUUCACUUGAUGAUUGUACCUCUACACUAGAUGGUUGUACCUCUUCACUAGAUGGUUGUACCACUUCACUAGAUGGUUGUACCACUUCACUAGAUGGUUGUACCCCUUCACUAGAUGACUGUAACUCUUCACUGGAUGGUUGUAGCUCUUCAGUAGAUGGUUGUACCUCUUCACUAGAUGAUUGUACCUCUACACUAGAUGGUUGUACCUCUACACUAGAUGGUUGUACAACUUCACUAGAUGGUUGUACCACUUCACUAGAUGAUGGUUGUACCUCUUCACUAGAUGGUUGUACAACUUCACUAGAUGACUGUACCUCUUCACUGGAUGAUUGUACCUCUUCACUAGAUGGUUGUAUCUCUUCAGUGGAUGGUUGUACCUCUUCACUGGAUGGUUGUACCACUUCACUAGAUGGUUGUACCACUUCACUAGAUGGUUGUACCACUUCACUAGAUGACUGUACCUCUUCACUGGAUGAUUGUACCUCUUCACUAGAUGGUUGUAUCUCUUCACUAGAUGGUUGUACCUCUUCACUGGAUGGUUGUACCACUUCACUAGAUGGUUGUACCACUUCACUAGAUGGUUGUACAACUUCACUAGAUGGUUGUACCACUUCACUAGAUGACUGUACCUCUUCACUAGAUGACUGUACCUCUUCACUGGAUGGUUGUAUCACUUCACUAGAUGGUAGUACCUCUUCACUAGAUGGUUGUACCACUUCACUAGAUGGUUGUACCACUUCACUUGAUGAUUGUACCUCUACACUAGAUGGUUGUACCUCUUCACUAGAUGGUUGUACCACUUCACUAGAUGGUUGUACCACUUCACUAGAUGGUUGUACCCCUUCACUAGAUGACUGUAACUCUUCACUGGAUGGUUGUAGCUCUUCACUAGAUGGUUGUACCUCUUCACUAGAUGAUUGUACCUCUACACUAGAUGGUUGUACCUCUACACUAGAUGGUUGUACAACUUCACUAGAUGGUUGUACCACUUCACUAGAUGGUUGUAUCCCUACACUAGAUGGUUGUAUCUCUUCACUAGAUGGUUGUACCUCUUCACUAGAUGGUUGUAUCUCUUCACUAGAUGGUUGUACCUCUUCACUAGAUGAUUGUACCUCUUCACUAGAUGGUUGUACCACUUCACUAGAUGGUUGUAUCUCUUCACUGGAUGGUUGUACCUCUUCACUGGAUGAUUGUACCCUACACUAG